AUGGAGUUUUGUACAUCGACGGUUUGGGAGGAGUUGCAGAAUUCUCAACAUGGGGUGCAAUGGUCGGGUGUGGUUUGGUUCCCUCAGGCUAUUCCUCAGCAUGCUUUUCUUGUAUGGCUUCUUGUGCUUAAAAAGUUGAGGACUCAAGAUGUGAUGAUUAGAUGGAAUCCGGGCAAUGCUAAUUUCAGCUUGUUAUGUUGCUCUCUAUGUACAAGGGGUCCUGACUCGCACGAGCAUCUGUUUUUUGAAUGUGAUGUCGCUAAGAAAGUUUGGUAUGAAGUUCGUGGGAAAGCGGGUAUGGAUAGGAUUCAGCAAACAUGGACCGAUAUCUUUGAAUAUUUGGUGGGCAUAGCAAAGUCUAACAUGGCCGAACACAUUAUUGCGAAAAUUGUAGUUUGUGCAACAGCUUAUUUUGUUUGGGAAGAGCGUAAUCGAAGGCUUUUCACCGACAAGCGAAGAAGUAAAGACCAGCUGGUAGAGAUUAUGUUAUCCACGGUUAGAAUGAAACUUCACACAAUGAGGUUCAAGAAUUCCAUCCACACGACAAGAGUCAUGCAGGAGUGGAGUCUACCGAGAGGUCUUCUAGUGGCGGAUGAUGAUUGUGGCUAA